GGGCAGUGCGCGUGCGCGGCCGGCUCGCCCGCUAUAGGCUGCUCCGAGGCGGGAGCCUUAACCUCCGGGAGGUGACGGGACCUCGGGCGCCGGCUGUCUUGCUGGGACGCGCGGCUUCUGUGGGAUCUUCGCCCGUCGGUACUGCUGAAUAUGAGACGGUCUGCAGCGCCAAGUCAGUUGCAGGGGAAUCCCCUCAAAAAACUAAAAUUCGUACCACCAGCGAGAAGUAAUCCAAGUCCAGAUGAAGGGAUUACAAAGAUGAGUCCUGAUGUAAAAUUAAUUGAGGUUGUUGGAAGUCAGAAUACCUUUCUCCAGGUAAAAAGUAAUCCCAGAAUAUGCAGUUUAAAUCUGCCUACUGAGGGAAGUGCUAGAGAAAUUAAUCAUGAGUGUAAUUACAGUGAAAAACACUGUUCUGAAGCAUCUGUAACAGCAACAUUAGAUCUACCUCAUACAGUUCACCCAGCCCCUAAAGAAAUAACAGUGUCUAAGGGACAAGAAGAGGAAGAACCUGAUAGCCUAGUUAAAUAUUUCAGUGUUGUUUGGUGUAAAGCUUCGAAGAAAAAACACAAAAAGUGGGAAGGUGAUGCUGUUCUCAUUGUAAAAGGAAAGUCAUUUACAUUAAAGGAUUUGGAAGGCAAAGACAUUGGAAGAGGCAUGGCAUAUAAAUUGAAAGAGCUUGAAAAGAUUGAAGAGGGCCACAGAGUGAUGAUUGGUGGAAAAGAAGUAGAAAUCAUGGGUAUAAUUUCUCCGGAUGAUUUCAGCAGUGGCCGAUGUUUUCAGCUUGGAAUAGGAAGUCCUGCUAUCUCAAGUUCUUCUCAAGCUGCCAAGAAGUGUUUCUCUAACCCCUUCAAAAGUGUUUGUAAACCAAGUUCAAAGGAAAAUAGAUUGGGUGGUUUCCAAGAUUGUAAACCACGCCAUGACCCACAUGCACCAAAUUCUCUUGUAAUGUCACGACCUGACAAUAAUCACCAGUGGACGUUCAAUAAGAAGGGUUUUCCUGUUGUGGAUGUGGUGAUAGAUCCUCACCUUGUAUAUCAUCUUCGACCACAUCAGAAAGAAGGAAUCAUGUUCCUUUAUGAAUGUGUAAUGGGAAUGAGAGUGAAUGGCAGAUGUGGAGCUAUUCUUGCUGAUGAAAUGGGUUUAGGGAAAACAUUGCAAUGUAUUUCGCUCAUCUGGACUCUACAGUGUCAGGGGCCCUAUGGAGGCAAGCCAGUAGUAAAGAAGACGCUUAUCGUCACACCUGGAAGCCUGGUGAAUAAUUGGAGGAAAGAAUUUCAAAAAUGGCUAGGAAGUGAAAGAAUCAAAAUAUUUCCUGUUGAUCAGGACCACAAAGUAGAAGAAUUCACCAGAUCUCCAUUUUAUUCUGUUCUUAUCAUCAGUUAUGAAAUGUUACUUCGUUCUUUGGAUCAAAUUAAGAAUGUAAAGUUUGGUCUUCUAAUCUGUGAUGAGGGGCAUCGUUUGAAGAACAGUGCUAUUAAGACAACUGCAGCCCUCAUUAGCCUCUCUUGUGAGAAAAGAGUAAUUCUAACUGGUACUCCAGUUCAGAAUGAUCUUCAAGAAUUUUUUGCAUUAAUUGAUUUUGUAAAUCCAGGAAUAUUAGGCUCUUUGUCAUUUUAUAGAAAAGUAUAUGAAGAACCCAUCAUUAUAUCAAGACAGCCUUCUGCUUCUGAGGAAGAAAAGAAGUUAGGAGAGAAAAGAGCAGUUGAACUUACUUGCCUCACUGGACUCUUUAUUCUUAGAAGAACUCAAGAAGUCAUAAAUAAAUAUCUUCCACCUAAAAUAGAGAAUGUAGUCUUUUGCCGACCAGGAGCUCUGCAGAUUGAGCUUUAUCGAAAGCUGUUGAACUCUCAGGCUGUCAGGUUCUGCCUUCAAGGGUUGUUGGGAAAUAGUCCUCAUCUAAUAUGUAUAGGAGCUCUUAAAAAACUGUGCAAUCACCCCUGCCUGUUGUUCAACUCUAUAAAGGAAAAAGAAUGUAGCUCAACUUGGGAUGGAAAGGAAGAAAAGAGUCUGUAUGAAGCCUUGUUGGAUGUGUUCCCUGCUGAUUACAACCCUCUCAUGUUUUCGGAGGAAGAAUCAGGAAAACUACAGGUGCUGUUGAAGCUCUUAGCAGUUAUCCAUGAACUUCGUCCUACUGAAAAGGUGGUGUUGGUAUCCAACUACACACAAACCUUGGAUAUUCUACAAGAAGUAUGCAAGCGUCAUGGAUAUACUUAUACAAGACUUGAUGGACAAACACCAGUCUCCCAAAGACAGCAAAUUGUUGAUAGUUUUAAUAGUAAAUACUCUUCUGAUUUUAUUUUUUUGUUAAGUUCAAAAGCUGGUGGUGUGGGACUUAACCUUAUUGGAGGAUCUCACUUAAUUCUCUAUGACAUUGAUUGGAAUCCAGCCACUGAUAUCCAGGCAAUGUCUAGAGUAUGGAGAGAUGGUCAGAAAAAUCCUGUACAUAUUUACAGACUUCUAACCACAGGUACAAUAGAAGAAAAGAUUUAUCAAAGACAGAUCAGUAAGCAAGAUCUUUCUGGGGCAGUUGUUGACCUCACCAGGACAUCUGAACAUAUCCAGUUUUCAGUAGAAGAGCUAAAAAAUUUGUUCACAUUACAUGAAAGUUCACAUUGUGUUACUCAUGACCUGCUUGACUGUGAAUGUACAGGAGACCAAGAUGGUACAGGUGAUUCAUUGGAAAAAUUCCCUGUCUCUAGAAAUUGUCAACUUGGUGCACAUCAACAGAAGUCUAACUCUCUGAAACCUCUCUCCAUGUCACAGCUGAAGCAAUGGAAACAUUUUUCUGGAGAUCAUUUAAAUCUUACAGAUCCUUUUCUCGAAAGAAUAAGAGAAAAUGUCUCAUUCUUUUUUCAGAAUAUAACCAACCAAAGUACUGCUAUUAUAUAAGGAAAGAUUACAUCAUGACAUUCCCUCGCCCCCCUUUUAUAAAAGGUAACAUAGUAAUUAAAUGUAAUUUUUGAAAACUAAUAGAAUUAUGUAAAUUAUAUUUUCUUCCAAAAUGAAUCCUAAUUUUGAUACACAGUCAAAACUUGUUUACUUUUUUGUAUGUAUUCUUCAGUAUUGAAACAUUAAAGACAUACUUCUAUCAUCA